AUGGCAGACAACGAACCUACCGCCGCCGAACAAGCAGCCGCCCGCGCCAAGGAGCAGGCCGAGCAGGAUGCCCUUCCCUACAAGUGGCAGCAGACGAUUGGCGAUUUAGAUGUCACCUUUGGCGGGAUCCCAGGCAACUUCAAGAGCAAGGAUCUGGUCGUAGAGAUCAAGAAGCAGAGCUUAAAGGCCGGCAUCAAGGGACAGGAGCCUGUGAUAAGUGGUGACCUACACCAGGCGAUCCAUGUCGACGAGAGCACCUGGACGCUCACGUCCGCGCCCGACGGCACCAAGACGGUCGAGGUCCACCUGGACAAGGUCAACAAGAUGGAGUGGUGGCCGCACGUGGUGACCGGCGCGCCCAAGAUCGACGUCACCAAGAUCACACCCGAGUCGUCCAAGCUGUCGGACCUGGAUGGCGAGACCCGCGGCAUGGUCGAGAAGAUGAUGUACGACCAGCGCCAGAAGGAAGCCGGCAAGCCCACGAGCGACGAGCAGAAGAAGGCCGACAUCCUCAAGAAGUUCCAAGCCGAGCACCCGGAGAUGGACUUUAGCAACGCCAAGAUCAACUGA